AGUGUGUGUGAGUGUGAGUGUUUUAUUUUUUUUUUCCCUCCUUUUCUCUUCCCCUGCUCCUCAUCCCCCACCCCCGCCAUCCCCGCCACCCCACCCCGGUUCCCGUCCCGCCUUCGCCAGCGGCGGCCGCGGCCAGGUACGGAGUCCGGGGUAAUGGCGUCCAACCCCGAGCGGGGGGAGAUCCUGCUCACCGAGCUGCAGGGCUUUACUGCCUUAGGUUGACUUUCUCCAAAGAGGCAGAGAGAAAAAUGACAGCAGAGCUUCCUGCAAUAUGGUGGACUUGAACCUGGGUCACACAGCAAAGCAACACAUUACUCAAGGAGAAUCUCGAAGUUUUCCAUUUUCCGAGAAUGUGAGCGCUGUGCAAAAAUUAGACUUUUCAGAUACGAUGGUGCAACAGAAAUUGGACGAUAUCAAAGAUCGAAUCAAGAGAGAAAUAAGGAAAGAACUAAAAAUCAAAGAAGGAGCUGAAAAUUUAAGGAAGGUCACAACAGAUAAAAAAAGUUUAGCUUAUGUGGACAACAUUUUGAAAAAAUCCAAUAAAAAAUUAGAAGAGCUACACCAUAAACUACAGGAACUGAAUGCACAUAUUGUUGUAUCAGAUCCUGAGGAUGUCACAGACUGCCCAAGGACUCCAGAUACUCCCAGCAGUGACCCUCGUUGUUCCACUAGCAAUAACAGAUUGAUAGCUUUACAGAAACAAUUGGAUAUAGAGCUUAAAGUGAAACAAGGUGCAGAAAACAUGAUACAGAUGUAUUCAAAUGGAUCUUCAAAGGAUCGGAAACUCCAUGGGACAGCUCAGCAGCUGCUGCAGGACAGCAAGACAAAAAUAGAAGUCAUACGAAUGCAGAUUCUCCAGGCAGUUCAGACCAAUGAACUGGCUUUUGAUAAUGCAAAACCUGUCAUAAGUCCUCUUGAACUUCGCAUGGAAGAAUUAAGGCAUCAUUUUAGGAUAGAAUUUGCAGUAGCAGAAGGUGCAAAGAAUGUUAUGAAAUUGCUUGGCUCAGGAAAAGUGACAGACAGAAAAGCACUUUCGGAGGCUCAAGCAAGAUUUAAUGAAUCAAGUCAGAAAUUGGACCUUUUAAAGUAUUCCUUAGAGCAAAGAUUAAAUGAACUUCCCAAGAAUCAUCCCAAAAGUAGUGUUAUUAUUGAAGAACUUUCACUUGUUGCCUCACCAACACUGAGUCCACGCCAAAGUAUGAUAUCCACACAAAACCAAUAUAGCACACUAUCCAAACCAGCGGCUCUAACUGGGACUUUGGAAGUUCGUCUUAUGGGCUGCCAAGAUAUCCUAGAAAAUGUUCCUGGACGAUCAAAAGCAACAUCAGUUGCACUUCCUGGGUGGAGUCCAAGUGAAACCAGAUCAUCUUUCAUGAGCAGAACGAGUAAAAGUAAAAGUGGAAGUAGUCGAAAUCUCCUAAAAACCGAUGACCUAUCCAAUGACGUGUGUGCAGUUUUGAAGCUAGAUAAUACCGUGGUUGGUCAAACUAGCUGGAAACCUAUUUCUAAUCAGUCCUGGGACCAGAAGUUUACGCUGGAACUAGACAGGUCACGUGAGCUGGAAAUUUCAGUUUAUUGGCGUGAUUGGCGAUCUCUAUGUGCUGUAAAAUUUCUGAGGUUAGAAGAUUUUUUAGACAACCAGCGGCAUGGCAUGUGUCUCUAUUUGGAACCACAGGGUACUUUAUUUGCAGAGGUCACCUUUUUUAAUCCAGUUAUUGAAAGAAGACCAAAACUCCAAAGACAGAAGAAAAUUUUUUCAAAGCAGCAAGGCAAAACAUUUCUCAGAGCUCCUCAAAUGAAUAUUAAUAUUGCCACUUGGGGGAGGCUAGUGAGAAGAGCUAUUCCCACAGUAAAUCACUCUGGCACCUUCAGCCCUCAAACUCCUGUGCCUACUACCGUGCCAGUAGUUGAUGUCCGCAUGCCUGAACUAUCACCUUCAGGAAGUGAUUCUACAGUAACCAAAUUGGACUUUGAUCUUGAACCUGAACCGCCUCCAGCCCCACCACGUGAUUCUUCUCUCGGAGAAAUAGAUGAAUCUUCUGAAUUAAGAGAUUUGGAUACACCAGGGCAGGAUUCAGAAAAUGUUUUUGAUAUUGACAAUGACAGAAACCGUAUACUUCCAAAAUCUCCAUCCGAACAUGAACUUGACAUUCCUCAGUCAUGCCUAAAAUAUGGUGGCGUUCGGGAAUUUGAGGAUACAAGAUCGCAACAGACAUUCCAGUUUAAUUUACAAGACUUCAGAUGUUGUGCUGUCCUGGGUAGAGGACAUUUUGGAAAGGUGCUUUUGGCUGAAUAUAAACACACUAAUGAGAUGUUUGCAAUAAAAGCCUUAAAGAAAGGAGACAUUGUGGCUCGAGAUGAAGUAGACAGCUUAAUGUGUGAAAAAAGGAUUUUUGAAACUGUGAAUAGUGUAAGGCAUCCUUUUCUGGUGAACCUCUUUGCAUGUUUCCAAACCAAAGAGCAUGUUUGCUUUGUAAUGGAAUAUGCUGCCGGCGGCGACCUAAUGAUGCACAUUCAUACUGAUGUCUUUUCCGAGCCCAGAGCUGUAUUUUAUGCUGCAUGUGUAGUUCUUGGGUUGCAGUAUUUACAUGAACACAAAAUUGUUUAUAGAGAUUUGAAAUUGGAUAACUUAUUGCUAGAUACAGAGGGCUUUGUGAAAAUUGCUGAUUUUGGUCUUUGCAAAGAAGGAAUGGGAUACGGAGACAGAACGAGCACAUUCUGUGGCACUCCUGAGUUUCUUGCUCCAGAAGUAUUGACAGAGACAUCCUACACGAGGGCUGUGGAUUGGUGGGGCCUCGGUGUACUCAUCUAUGAAAUGCUCGUUGGCGAGUCUCCCUUUCCUGGUGAUGAUGAAGAGGAAGUUUUUGACAGUAUUGUAAAUGAUGAAGUAAGAUAUCCAAGGUUCUUAUCUACAGAAGCCAUUUCCAUAAUGAGGAGGCUGUUAAGAAGAAAUCCUGAGCGGCGCCUCGGAGCUGGUGAGAAGGAUGCAGAAGAUGUAAAAAAGCAUCCAUUUUUCCGGCUAAUUGAUUGGAGUGCUCUGAUGGACAAAAAAGUCAAGCCGCCUUUUGUACCUACCAUUAGAGGACGGGAAGAUGUCAGUAAUUUUGAUGAUGAGUUUACCUCUGAAGCACCUAUUCUGACUCCACCUCGAGAACCAAGGAUACUCUCUGAAGAGGAACAAGAAAUGUUCAGAGAUUUUGACUACAUUGCUGAUUGGUGUUAAUUUCCAAGACACUGUGAAACCCAGCCGACUGAUUUUACAAGGAGACCUCUUACAAAUUGAAGCCCUUCGUUUGCUCUCUGUGCCACCAGUAGCUUCUGAGUUGUUUUUUGGUUUUUUCACACAUGAAGAGUUGUUUAAAAAUACUACUUUAAUACUUUCUUGAAAAGUGGAUUCUCAUUGUAUUUUAAAACAGAGCACUGGAAACAGUUUCUUGGAAUUUAAGCUGAAUGAGUACCAGCCAUGAAAAUCUAUCAUAAAAAAUGGAUACUUUCAGAUUAAUAGUGUAUUUUCAAAGGAGAAGAAGAAAGCAAAAAAACACUUCUACAGUCCCUAGCUUUGCCGAAUGCCUGCCUUAAGUGGAAAUGUUAAGCAAUUCACAUUGCUUACAUUUUACAGAAGUAAAAACCAGGGCUUAGAAUGCUAUUAAUAUUCACACACAGUGUGAUUCUGUUUGAGGCAAAUGCUCUUAUUUUCUUAAAGGAAAUUACUGUUAAAUCAGAAAAUGUAAUUUAUAUACAUUUUGGGGUCUUUUAAAAAUAUGAAAUAAUGUUUUAUAAUUUUUUAUAUUUAUGAGGAAAAAAAUUUUUAUUGCCUUCUCUUUACCAACCAUGUAACAGGGCCUCAGCUUUCCAACAGAGCUACUUGCCAAACAGUGUCCUUGUUGAUCCACACUGAAUCAACGGGAACGACUGAACAUGAACAUUUAGUUCAAGUUUUUUAAAUGGGAGCUUCUGACCAACCUGAACCAGGAUACAAUACAUACUAUAUACUACGCGUUCCCAAAGUCUAGACACUCAACGUUCAAUCAUACCUUCUUCCAAAAUCAGUGAACUCCUUUUUUUCUAUAUCAUUGUACAUCUAUCAACCUAGUUCAUCUUAUCUCAAGUCUACUGUAGAAGAGAACUAUAUCUUUGUUAAAGCAUAGGGUGUAUCUUUGUAUACAUGCUGUGAACAUGUAUAUGUGCAAGUUGUAAUGUAUUCUAUGUUGUGGGUUUAUUAUUUAAUUUCACCACUUCAUCACUUUGUACGGUGGCCAAGCAGACACCUCAAACUCCAGCAUUUACAUUAAGUGCAUUUGUACAUUUGGGGCCACUGGAUCCAGAUUUUAUAUUGGCAGUUGCUGAGGGCUAAAGCAAUAUAUUGUAACAGAAUGUAUAAAUAUUUUUGAUAAAACAGUCUAUAUUUUAUAAGAAUUAUUAUAACACUAAGCUGUACCUCAAAAGUAAUUUGAUCAGAUACUUAUUACAAUUUCUAAGGAUCCAUUGUGGCUUUUUUGAUGCUCUUGUAGGGAAGUCUUUCUGGAAACCAUGACCUUAUUUGUUUAUCUCACUUGCCGGAAGUUUUUUUGUUUUUGUUUUUUGACAUUUUUCCCCACUCUUAGAUUUCAUGAUUAUUCCAUAGUUCAAUAAUAAUAAUAAUAAUAAGACCUUUGAUUCUGUGCUUAGGGGAUUAGGGACAACAUACCUCAGGAGUAGCCAAGUUGUUAACUAACCAUGCAGAAUUAACUAAUGACAGUGAUCUUAUAUCUUAAAAAAAUAGCCAAUUUUAGAUUUUAUGGGAAAUAUGAAAGGGUUUGAAUUUAUAGAAUUGAACUAAAAGCAGUUACAAUAUUGCAGCCUUUCCAUGGUUUUGUUGUUGUUGUUGUUGUUAUUGCACUCUAAAAUUUGUAUUUCUUUCCAAAUUGAAGAUCUUUUGGGAAGGGUGGGGCAGAAUCUUAUUAGAAUGUGGAGCAAUAUGUUACUUAAAUUCAUUUUUUAAUUCCAGCCAACUCCCCAGGCAAACGACAAUAGAAUAACUUAAUUAUCUUGGCAUUAAAUGAAACAGUGUUAGCACAUUAAAAAAAAAAACACUAUGUAUUUUUGAGGUACAGUCUGCUCCUCUUUUCUGAUUCUCAAAUAUGCAAGGAAAGCAAUGUCUAAGGUGGAUUUCUAGCAUUAAGAACUGACUUAGUGUUUUGUAACUACAACAGUGUACAAAAGAAAUUUUUAAUUGAAGUCAAUCACUAAAAAACUUAGAGGGCAGGGUAUAUGCACACAAUUAAGCUGAAGACAGCACUAAUUCUUCCUGUAGUUUUUAAAAUAUAUAUAUAUAUACAUUCUAGUUAGACUUAAAAUUUUUUAACUAUAGAAUGUAAAUAUAUUUUGCUAUUACUGUAUGUGUAAGUGACUGCUCAAGCACUUUGAAGGAAAUUAGGAUCUUUUAGAAUGGUGCACUAUGCAUUCAGAUGAAAUGUGCCUUUAAUUAAUGUCAUUCUAAGAAAAAGUGUUUUGCAGUCUUAAAUUACCACAAAUGCACAAAUUAAAGUUUAAAUAGAUGGUAAUUUGUA